AUGAUGCCCCAGAAGAAGAAGAGGAGGAAAAAAGACAUCGACUUCCUGCGCCUGUAUGAAGAGGAGCUUCUGAACUAUGCUUCGGAGGAUGAUGAGGAUGAGCUGGAACAUGAAUACUACAAGGCUAAGGUGUAUGAGGUGGUCACAGCCACUGGGGAUGUUCGUGGUGCCGGGACAGAUGCCAAUGUCUUCAUCACGAUAUUUGGAGAGAAUGGGCUUUCUCCCAAGCUCCAUCUCACCAGCAAGAGUGAGUCUGCUUUUGAAAAAGCCAAUGUCGAUGUGUUCCGAGUCAGAACCAACAACGUGGGCCUCAUUUAUAAAAUCAGGAUCGAGCAUGACAACACAGGUUUGAAUGCCAGCUGGUAUCUGGACCGCGUGAUUGUGACUGACAUGAAGAGGCCUCAUCUCCGUUACUACUUCAACUGCAACAACUGGUUGAGCAAGGUGGAAGGUGACCGCCAGUGGUGCCGGGAUCUGCUGGCCAGCUUCAACCCCAUGGACAUGCCCAGAGGUAACAAGUAUGAAGUCAAGGUAUACACUGGUGAUGUGAUUGGUGCAGGGACAGAUGCUGACGUUGUCAUUAAUAUCUUUGGAGAGUAUGGAGACACAGGGGAGCGUAGGUUGGAGAGCGAAAAGGACAACUUUGAAAGGGGAGCUGAAGAUAAAUUCAUGCUGGAUGCCCCGGAUUUGGGGCAGUUGAUGAAGAUCAAUGUGGGCCACAACAACAAGGGGAAUUCUGCAGGUUGGUUCCUGUCCAAGAUUGUCAUUGAAGAUAUUGGGAACAAAAGGAAAUAUGACUUCCCCCUUAACCGUUGGCUGGCUUUGGAUGAAGAUGAUGGCAAAAUCCAAAGGGAUAUCUUAGUGGGCGGAGCUGAAACCUCAGCGAUCACCUAUAUUGUCACUGUCUUCACGGGGGAUAUCCGGGGAGCUGGGACCAAAUCCAAAAUCUACUUGGUUAUGUAUGGAGCCAGAGGGAAUAAGAACAGUGGGAAGAUCUUCUUGGAAGGAGGCGUGUUCGACCGAGGUCGUACUGAUAUCUUCCACAUUGAGCGGGCUGUCCUCCUCAGCCCCCUCAGUCGGGUGUCCAUUGGCCAUGGCAAUGUGGGCGUCAACAGAGGCUGGUACUGUGAGAAGGUGGUAAUCCUGUGCCCCUUCACUGGCAUCCAGCAGACCUUCCCCUGCAGCAACUGGCUGGAUGAGAAGAAAGCAGAUGGGCUGAUUGAGAGGCAGCUCUAUGAGAUGGUGUCUCUCAGGAAGAAGCAGCUGAAAAAAUUUCCUUGGUCGCUGUGGGUCUGGACGACUGACCUGAAGAAAGCUGGCACCAACUCACCCGUCUUUAUCCAGAUUUAUGGGCAGAAGGGGCGGACGGAUGAGAUUCUUCUGAAUCCCAACAACAAGUGGUUCAAACCAGGCAUCAUCGAGAAGUUUAAGAUUGAGCUCCCAGAUCUUGGCAGAUUUUAUAAGAUUCGGGCAUGGCAUGAUAGAAGGAAUCCUGGCUCUGGAUGGCAUUUAGAAAGGAUGACACUGAUGAAUACCCUGAACAAGGACAAAUAUAACUUCAAUUGCAAUCGCUGGCUGGAUGCCAAUGAGGAUGAUAAUGAGAUUGUGAGGGAAAUGACUGCAGAGGGUCCAACAGUGCGGAGGAUAAUGAGCAUGGCCCGGUACCGUGUGACCGUAUGCACAGGGGAGCUUGAAGGUGCAGGGACCGAUGCCAACGUCUAUCUCUGCCUUUACGGUGAUGUAGGGGACACGGGCGAGCGGCUGCUCUACAACUGCAGGAACAACACCAACCUGUUUGAGAAAGGCAAUGCCGAUGAGUUCACCAUCGAGUCGGUUACCGUGCGGAAGGUGAGGCGGGUGAGGGUCAGGCAUGAUGGUAAAAGCUCAAGCAGCGGCUGGUAUUUGGACCGGGUGCUGGUGAGAGAGGAAGGACAGCCGGAGAGCGACAAUGUGGAGUUUCCAUGUCUCAGGUGGCUGGACAAGGAUAAGGAUGAUGGGCAGCUGGUCCGAGAGUUGCUGCCCAGUGAUAGCAGUGCCACACUUAAGAACUUCCGCUAUCACAUCAGCGUGAAGACUGGAGACGUCUCCGGGGCCAGCACAGAUUCUAAGGUCUACAUCAAGCUCUAUGGGGAAAAAUCGGACACUAUCAAGCAAGUGCUUCUUGUCUCUGACAAUAACCUCAAAGACUAUUUCGAACGUGGCCGGGUGGAUGAGUUCACUCUUGAAACCCUGAACAUUGGAACUAUCAACCGGCUGGUGAUCGGGCAUGAUAGCACGGGCAUGCAUGCAGGUUGGUUCCUGGGCAGUGUUCAGGUCCGAGUGCCUCGCCAAGGCAAGCAGUACACCUUUCCUGCCAACCGCUGGCUGGACAAGAACCAGGCUGAUGGGCGUUUGGAGGUGGAGCUGUACCCCAGUGAGGUCGUCGAGAUCCAGAAAUUGGUUCACUACGAGGUCGAGAUUUGGACUGGGGAUCUUGGUGGUGCCAGCACCACUGCCCGGGUCUUCAUUCAGAUCUAUGGUGAGGAAGGCAAGACUGAAGUUCUCUUCCUCUCCAGCCGUUCCAAAGUUUUUGAUCGGGCAUCCAAGGACAUAUUCCAGCUGGAGGCAGCAGAUGUGGGUGAGAUCUACAAGAUCCGGCUGGGGCACACCGGUGAGGGCUUUGGGCCCAGCUGGUUCGUGGACACAGUGUGGCUGCGGCACCUGGUGGUGCGGGAGGAGGACCUCACACCCGAGGAGGAGGCCAGGAAGAAGAAAGAGAAAGACAAGCUGCGGCAGCUGCUCAAGAAGGAGCGUCUGAAGGCCAAGCUGCAGAGGAAGAAAAAGAAGAAAAAGAAAGGCAGUGACGAGGAGGAUGAGAGUGAGGAGGAGGAGGAGUCCUCCUCAGAGGAGUCUUCCUCUGAAGAGGAAGAGGAGGAGGAGACAGAAGAGGAGGAGGAAGAAGAGGAGUAUGGACCUGGGAUGCAGGCAGUAAUUGAACAGUACAAAUUUGAAGCCCAUCGUUGGCUGGCCCGGGGCAAGGAGGACAAUGAACUUGUCGUGGAGUUGGUGCCAGCAGGCCAGUCGGGCCCUGAGCCUAAUACUUAUGAAGUUCAAGUGAUCACAGGGAAUGUGCCUAAGGCGGGCACUGAUGCUAACGUCUACCUGACGAUCUACGGGGAGGAGUAUGGGGACACGGGAGAGCGGCCCCUGAAGAAGUCAGACAAGUCCAACAAGUUUGAGCAGGGGCAGACAGACACUUUCACCAUCUACGCCAUUGACCUGGGGGCUCUGACCAAGAUUCGGAUUCGCCAUGACAACACAGGUAGCAGACCUGGCUGGUUUCUAGACAGAAUAGACAUCACUGAUAUGAACAAUGAGAUCACGUACUACUUCCCGUGCCAGCGCUGGCUGGCAGUGGAGGAGGAUGAUGGCCAGCUAUCCAGAGAACUCUUGCCAGUGGAUGAGUCCUAUGUGCUGCCCAGUGAGGAUGAGGAGGGUGGGGGGCAUGGUGACAAUAACCCCCUGGACAACCUGGCGCUGGAGCAAAAAGAUAAGUCAACUACAUUCUCAGUGACCAUAAAGACUGGGGACAAGAAGAAUGCAGGCACAGAUGCCAAUGUCUUCAUCACACUCUUUGGCACACAAGAUGAUACUGGAAUGACCCUUCUAAAGUCCUCAAAGACCAACAGCGACAAAUUUGAGAGGGACAGCAUUGAUAUCUUCACAGUGGAGACGCUGGAUCUGGGAGACCUGUGGAGAGUUAGGAUCGGCCAUGACAACACAGGAAAGGCCCCAGGCUGGUUUGUAGACUGGGUAGAGGUGGAUGCUCCCUCUCUUGGAAAGUGCAUGACAUUUCCCUGUGGCCGCUGGCUGGCUAAGAAUGAAGAUGAUGGGACUAUUGUCAGAGACCUCUUCCACGCGGAGCUUCAGACAAGGCUGUACACACCAUUUGUUCCAUAUGAAAUCACCCUCUAUACCAGUGAUGUCUUCGCUGCUGGGACAGAUGCCAACAUCUUCAUCGUCAUCUAUGGCUGUGAUGCUGUGUGCACUAGGCAGAAGUUCCUUUGCACCAACAAGAGGGAGCAGAAGCUGUUCUUUGAAAGAAAGUCUGCCUCCCGCUUCAUUGUGGAGUUAGAGGAUGUGGGUGAAAUCAUCGAAAAAAUCCGGAUUGGCCAUGAUAAUACAGGUGUAAAUCCUGGAUGGCACUGUUCACACGUGGACAUCCGCAGGCUCCUCCCAGAUAAGGAAGGUACAGAGACCUUGACAUUCCCAUGUGAUCGAUGGCUUGCCACCUCAGAGGAUGAUAAGAAGACCAUUCGAGAGCUGGUCCCUUAUGAUAUCUUCACUGAGAAAUACAUGAAAGAUGGCUCCUUAAGGCAAGUCUACAAGGAAGUGGAGGAGCCUCUAGACAUUGUGCUGUAUUCAGUGCAGAUCUUCACAGGGAAUGUCCCUGGGGCAGGGACGGAUGCUAAGGUCUACAUCACUAUCUACGGAGACCUAGGGGACACCGGGGAGCGCUACCUUGGCAAGUCAGAGAACCGCAUCAACAAGUUUGAGAAAGGAACGGCUGACACCUUCAUCAUUGAAGCUGCUGAUCUGGGUGUCAUCUACAAAAUCAAACUCCGCCAUGACAACACCAAGUGGUGUGCAGACUGGUAUGUGGAGAAGGUGGAAAUCUGGAAUGACACCAAUGAGGAUGAGUUCCUGUUCCUCUGUGGGCGCUGGCUAUCUUUGAAGAAGGAGGAUGGUCGACUGGAGAGGCUCUUUUAUGAGAAGGAGUACACUGGGGACCGAAGUAGCAACUGCAGCAGCCCCGCUGACUUCUGGGAGAUUGCCCUGAGCUCCAAGAUGGCUGAUGUAGACAUUGCCACAGUGACAGGGCCCAUGGUUGACUACGUUCAAGAGGGCCCAGUUAUUCCCUACUAUGUGUCAGUUACCACUGGGAAGCACAAGGAUGCAGCCACCGACAGCCGAGCCUUCAUCUUACUCUUCGGGGAGGACGAUGAGCGCAGCAACCGCAUCUGGCUGGAUUACCCUCAAGGGAAGAGGGGCUUCAGCUGCGGCUCCGUGGAGGAGUUCUAUGUCGGAGGCUUAGAUGUGGGUGUCAUCAAGAAAAUAGAGCUGGGCCAUGAUGGAGCUUCCCCUGAGAGCUGCUGGCUGGUGGAAGAGCUGUGUUUGUCAGUGCCAACCCAAGGCACCAAGUAUACAUUGCGCUGUAACUGCUGGCUCGCCAAGGACCGAGGUGAUGGCGUAACCUCCCGUGUCUUUGACCUCCUGGAUGCCAUGGUGGUGAACAUUGGGGUAAAGGUGCUUUAUGAAAUGACAGUAUGGACAGGAGAUGUGGUUGGUGGGGGCACCGACUCCAACAUCUUCAUGACACUGUAUGGCAUCAAUGGGAGCACAGAAGAGGUGCAGCUGGACAAGAAGAAGGCCAGGUUUGAGAGGGAACAGAAUGACACCUUCAUCAUGGAGAUUCUGGACAUCGCUCCUUUCACCAAGAUGCGCAUCCGCAUUGAUGGCCUGGGCAGCAGGCCAGAGUGGUUCCUGGAGAGGAUCCUGCUGAAGAACAUGAAUACCGGAGACCUGACCAUGUUCUAUUAUGGAGACUGGCUGUCCCAGCGGAAGGGCAAGAAGACCCUGGUGUGUGAGAUGUGUGCUGUCAUCGAUGGGGAAGAGAUGAUGGAGUGGACAUCCUACACUGUCACAGUGAAGACCAGCAACAUCCUGGGAGCAGGCACCGAUGCUAACGUGAGCAUCAUCAUCUUCGGGGAGAAUGGGGACAGUGGGACCCUGGCUCUGAAGCAGUCAGCCAACUGGAACAAGUUUGAGCGGAACAACACAGAUACCUUCAACUUCUCUGAUAUGCUGAGCCUGGGCCACCUCUGCAAGCUGAGGGUCUGGCACGACAACAAAGGAAUAUUUCCCGGCUGGCACCUGAGCUAUGUUGAUGUGAAGGACAACUCCCGUGAUGAGACUUUUCGCUUCCAAUGUGACUGCUGGCUCUCCAAGAGCGAGGGUGACAGGCAGACAGUCCGAGACUUUGCUUGUGCCAACAAUGAGAUCCGGGAGGAGCUGGAGGAGACCACCUAUGAGAUUGUCAUAGAAACGGGCAAUGGAGGUGAAACCAGGGAGAAUGUCUGGCUCAUCCUGGAGGGCAGGAAGAACCGAUCGAAAGAGUUCCUUGUGGAAAAUUCUUCCAGACAGCGAGCCUUUAGGAAGGGAACCACAGACACGUUCGAGUUUGACAGCGUCUUCUUGGGGGACAUUGCCUCUGUGUGCGUGGGCCACUUGGCCAGGGAGGAUCGGUUCAUCCCAAAGAGAGAGCUGGUCUGGCAUGUCAAGACCAUCACCAUCACCGAGAUGGAAUAUGGCAAUGUGUAUUUCUUUAACUGUGACUGCCUCAUCCCCCUCAAAAGGAAGAGGAAGUACUUCAAGGUAUUCGAAGUUACCAAGACUACUGAAAGCUUUGCAAGCAAGAUCCAGAGCCUGGUGCCUGUCAAGUAUGAAAUCAUCGUGACAACAGGUUAUGAACUAGGGGCUGGCACUGAUGCCAAUGUCUUUGUGACCAUCUUUGGGUCCAACGGGGACACAGGCAAAAGGGAGCUGAAGCAGAGAAUGCGCAACCUCUUUGAGAGAGGCAGCACGGAUCGCUUCUUCCUGGAGACACUGGAGCUGGGUGACCUGCGAAAGGUGCGGCUGGAGCAUGACAGCAGUGGCUACUACUCAGGCUGGCUGGUGGAGAAGGUGGAGGUCACCAACACUAGCACUGGGGUGGCCACGAUCUUCAACUGUGGCAGGUGGCUGGACAAAUCUCGGGGGGAUGGGCUCACCUGGAGGGACCUCUUCCCUUCUGUCUGA